AUGCCAAGUCAGGCAAGUCUUGACGGUUGCUGGUUAUUCGUCAGAGGGCCCCGGGAUAUGGAGCUCCGGCAGCCUUCGGAGUACUGGCCGUAUCAAUUGGCGCCAGCAAGGCAUGACUCAAUAGAUCAUGACCAUAUCUCACAUCUCGCCGACCUGCUUGUUGGCCUUAAAGCCAUCAUCGGCGCCAAUCUUCGCCCCUCUCAAGGAUCAUCGACAGUGUCAAGUACACCGACAAGGCGUCUUUCAGUGCAAGGCCCCUUUUCAUCAAAAUCAAAGUGGCAGUUUACGCUGGGCCGAGCUGUGCCGCCGGCUUACUGCUAUGACAUGUGCAGUCACAGGAGACGCAUGAAUGAUGUCUCGAGAGGAACAUCUUGGUGGACUCCGGAAGGCAAAGGAGUGACGGCAGCCAGCAUCAGUUUCGGGGUGACCGAUGAGGGGAAGGAACGUAUGAUGCUUGAACAUGGCCCUUUCGAACUAAGAAGGCAUAAAUAUGCCUUAGAACUAGAUCAGUAA